UGCAACGGUAACUUACAUUUAGGGGACGAAUUUAACGGCCACAUGACCGUCAAAAAUUGACUGUCAAAAGGGAAUCGAAACUGAUUCGAACUCGAUUAUUUGUGAUUGGAGAUUUCUGAGCAGCUCAAACUCCAAUCCAAUGAGCUUUGUAAGAACCUACAUGUCGUACCUCCAAAUUCCUUUAAUGAAUAAGGUCACAGUCUGUAGUCCUUUCUCCGCCAUUGCAGUUUAAGAAUAUGUUAUACUCUGAUAUGGUCAAAAUGGGCAAUUCAUGUGAUUCUGAGACUGGAAAAAUUGUGGGUUCCGGCUCCUCGACAGAUCGGAGCGGAAACAAUGGAGAUAAAGAGGAACUCGAUCAUAAGGGACAAGGUCGUGAAGAACAACAAUCGGCAACAGCAAGGGAUGAUGAUGAAGAAGAGCAUAGUAAUGAAGAUAAGCCGAAAGAUGAUGAUGCAGAAAUGGACAAUUUUAGAGAUAAUCAAGCUGAAGAUUAUGUGGCAGAUGAUAAAGAAGUUAAUGAAGAAGAAGAAUUUGAUGAAAAAGAUGAUACAGAAGAGAAAAAUGCUGUAGAAGAACGAGAUGAUGAACAAGAUACAGAUCGGCGGGCACAAGAUGAUCAUGAAGAAGUAGUUGGAGAAGAAGAAAAGGAUGAUACAGAAGAGGAACAUGCAGAAGAAGAACAAGAAACAGAUACUCAAACAGAAGAAGAGGAUGAGAGAGAAAAUGAUAGCAAUCAAGAUAACCCCAGCGAGAGCGAUGUAGCUAUCAUUGCCAGUAAUAUUAUGAGAGAGAAUUCUUUUUCUUCUGAUUUCUCAAUAAGUCAAUACCUAAACCUGAAAAAUGUAGAUGAACAAGAGGGAGAUCAGCAAGGAGAAGAUCGAUAUCAAGAAGCAGAGGCUUUUUUCUGUUCUGACUUCUCAAUAAGUCCAUAUCUAAACAGUGGAUUUUACCAAGGAGAUCAGCAAGGAGGAGAGGAUUCUUCGUCUUCUGACUUCUCAAUAAGUCAAUUCCUAAACAGUGGAGAUGAACAAGAAGAUGAUCAGCAAGGACAAGAUCGAUAUCAAGAAGAAGAAGAUGAUGCAGAAUAUAAUGGUGGAAAAGAAGAUGAUAAAGAUGGAAGAGGAAAAGCAGAAAAUGAGCAAGAAGAUGGGGUUGAUAGUAAAGAAGAUGAUGAUAAGGAAGGUAAGCAAGAAUAUGACUAUAACACUACCGAUGCUAUUGCAGAGGAUGGUGAGAAUGAAUCAGAUAUAAAUUUAAAGAGGGCAAGAAGUUCAGGGGGAAUACAAGAUCUGGAUUAUACGUUGAAGUCAAAAAGGCAGAGAAGAUCUGAAGAAAGGGUCAUCAGACACAGAAAGGUAACCAACAAACAGAUGCAGAAGAUAAUAUUUCUAGAAGAGGAUGAUGAUGAUGAUAAAAAUGAAAAUGAAGGAAUAGAUUAAAAAGAAGCCCUCAAACUAAUUGCUGUAAUGGAUAAUGUCCUUCGAAGAGAUAAUUUUUAGAUAUAUUCAAGCUUAUGGAAUGUAAUAAUUUCGACGACCCAAAAUGAGAAAAUAAGUUUAUUGUUUGUUAAA